AUGACGCAAAGACUGUGGUUGGCCGAGUUUAUAGAAUUAUAUAGGAAUGAACCUUGCUUAUGGCAGAAUAAAAGUAAGGAGUACCAUGACCGAGAAAGGAAAUCAGCAGCUUACAAGGUAUUAUUAGAAAAAAUUAAAGAAAUUGACUCUACGGCAACUAUAGAUACAGUGAAAAGUAAAAUUAACACACUGCGUUGCACGUUCAAAAAAGAAGUUUUGAAAGUCAAAUCGUCACAAAGAUCAGGAUCUGGCAAAGAUGAUAUUUAUAUACCAAAGUUAUGGUAUUACGAUUUACUACAAUUUCUCACCGACCAAGAAGUACCACGAUCCUCAAGAUCAAAUAUUUCCAAGGAUGACGAAGAAACAAAUGACAAUGAAGACCUAGACUCUAGACCAGGUUCAUCUUUGGCUUCAAACCACUCUGAAUCUGACACAGGAAAUUUAGCAUCAUCGUCGGAAUCACCAUCCGAGACCGACAAAAAGGAAUCUCAAUCAAACUUUAACCAAUGA